GUCAGUCUGCCGCAGGAGUGUCAGCGCACUAAGCGCCGCGAACCCCAGUCGUGCCUGCGACUUUACCACUGGGUGCCAUGGGCGGGAAUUCCCGCCGCGCCGCAGGCCGGCGACUCCAACUGCCUCUGCUGUGCCUCCUCUUCCAGGGCAUCACCGCCAUCCUCUUUGCCAUCUUCGUACGCUACAACCACGAAACCGAUGCUGCCCUCUGGCACUGGGGCAACCACAGUAACGCGGACAAUGAAUUUUACUUUCGCUACCCAAGCUUCCAGGACGUGCACACCAUGGUCUUCGUGGGCUUCGGCUUCCUCAUGGUCUUUCUGCAGCGCUACGGCUUCAGCAGCGUGGGCUUCACCUUCCUCCUGGCUGCUUUUGCUCUGCAAUGGUCCACAUUGAUCCAGGGUUUCCUCCACUCAUUCUAUGGUGGCCACAUCUACAUUGGCAUGGAGAGUAUGAUCAACGCCGACUUCUGCGCGGGAGCCCUGCUCAUCUCCUUCGGUGCCAUCCUGGGCAAGACCGGGCCUGUGCAGCUGUUGCUCAUGGCCCUGUUGGAGGUGGUGCUGUUUGGCAUCAACGAGUUUGUGCUCCUCCAUCUCCUGGGCGUGAGAGACGCUGGCGGCUCCAUGACCAUCCACACAUUCGGUGCCUACUUUGGGCUGGUCCUCUCCCGGGUCCUCUACAGGCCCCAGCUGGAGAAGAGCAAGCACCGCCUGACCUCCAUCUACCAUUCAGACCUUUUUGCCAUGAUUGGCACCAUCUUCCUGUGGAUCUUCUGGCCCAGCUUCAAUUCCGCACUCACGUCACUGGGGGACACGCAGCACCGGACAGCCCUCAACACCUAUUACUCCCUGACAGCCAGCACACUCAGCACCUUUGCCCUGUCAGCACUUGUCAGUGGGGAUGGGCGCCUCAACAUGGUCCACAUCCAGAACGCAGCACUGGCUGGAGGGGUCAUGGUGGGGACAGCAGGUGAAAUGAUGCUGACACCCUUCGGAGCUCUGGCAGCUGGUUUCUUGGCUGGGACAGUCUCCACGCUGGGGUACAAGUUCUUCACGGCCAGUCUUGAGUCCAAAUUCAAGGUCCAAGACACUUGUGGUGUCCAUAAUCUCCAUGGGAUGCCAGGGGUCCUGGGGGCCCUCCUGGGGGUCCUUGUCACUGCACUGACCACCCACGAAGCUUAUGGAGAUGGUCUGGAAGACGUGUUUCCACUCAUAGCUGAGGGUCAGCGCAGCGCCACAUCACAGGCUGUGUACCAGCUCUUUGGGCUGUUUGUCACACUAGCGUUUGCUUUUGUGGGCGGGAGUCUUGUUGGGCUCCUGUUGAGGCUGCCCUCACUGGACUCCCCCCCAGACUCCCAGUGCUAUGAGGACCAGAUUUACUGGGAGGUACCAGGUGAGCAUGAGGAUGAAGCCCAGGGACAUCUGAGCAUGGAAGAGCCAAACAGUCAGGCUUAAUGUGCUCUGCAGACGACAGCCUCCUUUUAGAAGGCAGUGGGGAGCUGCAGAUCAGCUGUAGAACACUUGCUUAGCAUGCAUCAGGGCCCAGGUUCGAUCCCCAGUACUGCAGCAAGAUGAUGAUAUUUGGCUUCUCCUCCUGGGAAUCCCUUUUUCAAUUCCUUCUUCUUCUGCUUCAAGGAAGAAUCCAUGAACCAGAAGCCACCUGUCCCUAAAAGACACCUUCCCCCAUAGGGAAAGGGUGGAGGACAGGGCUGAAACUGCCCUACCAGCCAGCACAUGUGGCUAGAAGGGACUAUAGGAAGUGCCCAGGGGACUGCCAAUCCAUGGGGUCAGUGUCACAGUUAUAGUGAAGCCUGAGGCAGGCUCAGCUGUCUGGGGGUGAUAAACACCUCAAUUGCCAAGGACACUGACUCCUUUUAUUUGUGCCCUGGGAACAGGGGCUGUUCUCCCCUCUAACUCACAAUAUUAUAACCUUGGGGCAAAAAAAGGGUGUUAGUGUGACAAAAUCCUCCCUCUCUGGGCCCACCAGACUCUCUUUAGGAUUCCACAUCCUACCAGAUAGGUCCUCUCGGGGGUCCAUUUUUGCAUGGAAAUCCAGGGUGUUCUUCCCAGUUUCCGAAUCACUACCUCCCUGACUCAAUUAAGGUAGCCUCUAAGCAGAGUAGGAAGAGGCCCCACAGGCCUAAAAAGAGCAUACGAAGCUGGAAUCAGCCAUCACUCAGGUCUGGGAGCUUUCAGUGAUAACAAACAACAGGCUCUUCACCACCACUGACCGAGAUGCUACUUGUCCAGAGACUGCCAAGAAGCAAUGGGAAGGAUCUUCAGGGCUGCUGCAUUGGAAGAGGAAGGCUGGCCUAGGGCCUCUGUUGGCCUGAAGCCUUUGGCCACUGGAGGGCGCCCUAGAUCCAGCAGAGGAAGCUGCCGUCUUCCUGGUUCUACCAUUCUUGCUCCUUCACAAGAAUGAAAGUGCUUCCUACAGCCUAACCCACUUCCUGUCUGCUUUGGUACUGGUCUUUGGGCAUUCCUGCCAUAGCCCAUUGUAAGCACCGCACGCCUCAUGACACCGUAGGCAGAUACCAGGGGCUUCAUCCCACAGAGCUAUCCCUUCAUUAAACAGCAUCCGUUUCCCAA